AUGGCACAAAGAUUGACACGUAUCCUGGUCCUUGGGAUCUGGCUGCUGUUGAAUGCUCAGGGAUCUGUCGCGGAGUCUUAUCUGAAGACAAUCAAGAGCAGUAAUCGCGAUCGCAGCUAUUGGAUCCACACACCCGAUGCCAAUGAUCAGAGCAAGCAGUAUCCUCUUGUUGUCGCAUUUCAUGGAUCUAGCCAAAUAGGACUGGAUGCAGAUGGGCUGGCAAUGGAAUUAGAUAUUCGGUUAUCUUUGCCAGUCAUACCGACGGAGUAUUCGAAAAACAGAUUCUUCGUCUACCCAAAUGGCGUCAAGGGCGCGUGGGCUGGUCCUAGUUAUGCCAACGUAUCCGUUCGAGAAGAUCUGCAGUUCGUCAAAGACCUUGUCGCAGAUGUCCAAGCUAACAACAAUAUCGACACUAGCCGCAUCUAUGCUACAGGUUUGUCUAACGGCGGCGGCUUCGUGGGCACCAUAGCCUGCAGCGAUGUUGGAGGCCUCUUUGCGGCAUUCGCCCCCGUCGCAGGCGCAUUCUACACGGACACCGAUUUCUCGGAUCACAGCAGUUGUACGCCAGCGAGGUCGCCGCUACCGAUCCUGGAGAUCCACGGUGGAAGUGACAAGACGGUCUACUAUGAAGGCGGCCAUGGGGAGGGUGGAAUGUUGCCUGCAAUUCCCGACUGGCUCGCUGCCUGGCAACGGCGCAAUGGCUGUGGUGCGAACACAACGGUGAACAGCGACAACGGUAAUGUCCAUCAUACGACAUGGUCUUGUCAGGAUGCAGGCAAUGCAUUGCAGCACUGGAAGGUUGAUAAGAAUGGACACGAUUGGCCCUCGAGGACAAUUAACGCAGACAUGAUUGUCGCCGGUAUGGGCCCACAGCCGAUCGAGGCUAAUGACCUCGUCAUUGAUUUCUUCGAUCAAUUCUCGCUUCCCUAA